UCAUGGUCAAGAAAUUCAUUUGGAAGGUGCAGAAUAUCCCUGCUUGGAUCACCAGAGACAGUGUCCUCGCCUUGUUUCGUGAACCUGAUCGGUUGCGCGUCCGAUCAAUAUGUCUCGAUUUCGAUCGGCCGACCUGCUCCAUCGCGACUGUAGAAUACAACCCAAAACCGGAUCAUCCCACAGCAUGUCCAGAAUUGGUUGCCGAUUCUGGACGAAGCAUGCUAAACUCGCCUCAUAUCGACCGCGACUUUUUCGGAUUUACACCAUUAUAUCACCCAAAGUCUGAGAACUAUGAGCUGGAUAUUAUUGCUGUCACUGGGUUAGCUGGCCAUGCAAUCGGCUCGUGGUCGAUGUCUAAUGGGAGCAUGUGGCUACGAGAUGAAUUGCCGCAGGACAUCCCCAAUGCUCGAAUCCUCACAUACGGCUAUGCCGCACCGUUGACAGGAGGGAGCCUGCCCAAUACCUCGCUGCACGAGUUGGCAGAUGAGUUCAUGACCUAUCUGCUGGCUUUCCGUGGGAUGACCGAGCGAGGUGAUGAACGGCCUCUCAUCCUGAUCGGGCACAGUCUAGGAUGUUUGCUCAUCAAGAAGGCAAUGAUAGGGAAAAAGUAUCUGAGGUAGAAGUCGAAAACCGACGGCGAUCUUCGGAUCACCUUUCAUUGUGGCUUACUAACCUGUACGACAGCCAACGCGUGCGCUUGCCCAUUCGUCUAUUGAUAUUCCUCGCGGC